AUGGACAAAGAAGCUGGUCCUUCAGCUGAAGACAACUCUCGCCUGCGAUCGCGACAAAUCCGUCGUUAUCACCACAAGAACCAACAAUCUGGCCCGCUCUCGUAUGCGGACAAGAUUACCCAGGCCGACUUGGAAUUCGCGAUUCAGCUUGCUCCUAUCUGGCUCCUUGAGGACUGCGAAGAAGGUGAGCUUGACUACCCACCACAAUGGGAGACUUUGCCCAAAUCUCUUUCUUUUACACUUCAAACCUUCCGCCGCAACGCAGCGGCUAUGACAGCUGUACCUAGUGACAGCAAGUUGGAAGUUUACAUGGUUAGGAUUGCUUCUCUCGAGUCGUAG